ACACCACUUCCUCUCCCACUUUUCAGCUCGAGCCAUCCCCUCGGUUCACAGUUUGGCAGUGCCAAAUCUGUCGUAAGCCCGGGCGCCUGUUGUCUACCCCCAGUCACUCCUUUUUAGUUGCGCAACCAGCUUCACGCUUGUGCAUGCGCUUCACUCAUCAAGGCUCUUUUGGUGCCGCGCAUUGAGGACCUUCAUUUGUGCUUGACAGUUGCACCUGUUCUUACCCCUAGACGAGUUAAUUGCCGACCGACACAUCAAUUGAAUAGCCUCGAUUCCGCGCUGCCUUUUCUGAGACCGUUCAGCUACCAUCACCAGUUUUCGUAAAGUUUCUUUUUACUUUGCAGCUGGAGUCAUCUGCGAUUGGUACUUCCGCCGCGCGGUGGAUUGCUGUGGUUCCGGCUCCUUUGCGCUCGAAACCAUCCCUUCGCCGCUAGUUUGCGCCAACGUGCAGACACCCAGUCGACCUGACUCGGUUUAAUCACUCCGCCCUCAUCUCACUUUUCUGGUUCUCAAGCUCCCCGCUGGCAUCUCGUCAUCCAAUCUCGAAUCUGGGGAGCAAAGCUGCGAAAGAGGCAUCAUGCCUCCCAAAUCUGCCAAGAAGCAACCUCUAACGUUUGCCCAAUUGGCGGCCUACGAUGAUAUACUGACAGAUGCGCUGGUCGAUCACACAUUCUACUGGACAACGAUUCCAAAGAACCGACCAUCAUAUCAUGCCUCCCGCGGAGUCAAGCAAGAUGAAGUCACCAAGAUAGUCAAGGACCAUGUGAUCCUCGAACCAAACGUCAAGCUGGCCGAGGAGAAGAUGCUGGCCACGGACGGGCUGAAACGGUUUUGCAAUGGGCUCAAGACGCCCAAGGAGAAGGACGACUUUCGCGCCCACCUGCGCCGGUACCUUUCCAUCUAUCUACCAGAUUGCCCUUUCGAAGUGAACUCGACCAACCGAUACACAAUCUUCACCCAUGAGGCCAGCGUCACCGCUCGACGUCCGAUUAGGAAGAACGAGAUCAUCAAGGCCUUGUGUGGCAUCCAGGUGGUAAUCUCGCCUGCCGAGGAGGCCGAAAUCGCCAAGCGAAAGAAGGAUUUCUCCAUCGUCAUCAGCUCGCGCAGCAAGAGCACCAGUCUGUUCAUGGGUCCUGCGCGAUUCGCCAACCAUGACUGUGGCGCCAACGCUAGGUUGAAGACGGCUGACCAGUCCAUCAUGGAGGUUCAGGCACUUCGAAACAUUGAGGUUGGCGAAGAGAUAACGGUCACGUACGGGGAUAAUUACUUUGGAGAGGACAAUUGCGAAUGUCUGUGCAGGACGUGCGAACUGAGCAGGGUGAACGGUUGGGCCGGUGACGAGGGAGAUGGUGGCUUUGAAAAGAGCAUCGAGGGAGAUCAGGGCACUCCCGCGGGAUAUUCAUUGCGGCGGAGAAGGCGCGACGGCAGCACCAGCCGCGCAAUGUCUAGGGAUUCAUCCGUCACGCCCGAUCUGCGACCUCGAAUUCGGAAGACACGGUCCAAGGCGCAGCUGAAUACCUUGGACAGGGCUUCGACGGUUGAUUCGGAGGCGUCUGGAAACCUGACAGGGAAACGGAAACGCGAACUGGACACACUGGCUAGUCCACCAUUCACGCCUGCGAAGAGACAAAAGAUCGCGAGUGGACUCUCUGAGAUGAUCACGGCGGAUUUGCUACCUCCUGCGAGUAUGAGUACUCCGCCGGAGAGCUCGGUCGGGCAGCUUAGCAGGCAGUCAUCCGUGUUCGAGAGCGGAACGUCGGAACGACUUGUUGAGUCGUCCGAUGUCACAACACCAGAGCAUGAUAGCUCUGAUUCGAGCACACCCCCUCCAAAGUCAAAUUUGGAAGAGGCUGGUACGCAGCAAGUAGCCACAGACUUGGCAGCACCCACAAAUGGUAGCCAUGGGCUUGUACGAAAGCCUUCGUUGAAGGAUAUCUCCUGUGCAGGGGUCAGCACCACCACUCCAAGUUCGUCGCGGGCGGUGGAGCUUUAUUCGCCAUCAGAUGUGAUGCUCAUGCCACAGUCGAGACCGAGCACUCGUGAAAAUGUGUCCGGGACUCAAGUUCCCCAAGAAUCUGCCGACACAACUGUAAUAAAGGCUGAAGUGUCGGAAACCAGUACCAUAACAGUCAUCAACAGUGUCGAAGCUGAUCCUACUUCAGUCAUUCCUGGUGAGGUAGCACAAACAGCGAGCAAAAUUGACUCGUCUUCCGAAUCAGACACUAAAUCACAAUCCUCCAAAACCGCCAGUCCAUGCGAUACGACUUUGGACAGCGGCGUAAUUUCCAGGUCCAAGAAGGCCGAGGAAGAGGAUGACGACCAACCUUCUCAACAAGGACAAAGCAAGAAACGUACACCAGGCGACUACACACUGACACCCGUCCUUUUGUCUGAGCCAAUGACGGCUUGGGUGCACUGUUCCAACUGCGCGACGGCUUUUGUACAGCGCGAUGCGUAUUACACGCGGGCAAACUGUCCACGCUGCGAGCGCCACAGUAUUCUGUACGGCUACGUGUGGCCCAAGACUGAGCCUGAAGGGUCUGACGAUGAUGAGGAGCGUGUUCUCGACCAUCGAACAGUACAUCGUUUCUUGGACCCCGAGGACGAAGCCAAGGUCCGGGGGAGAAAGCUUAGUGCGUGGCUUGUCAACAAGAAACUCGCCGAGGCCAAAGCGGCCGAGGCUGCUGAGGCUGCAAAGAACAAGAAGAAUCAGAAGAAGCAGCCGGCAAAGGUUGUUAAGAAGGUGGUGUCCAAGACAACAACGACCACUGGGACAAAGAUCAAGAAUGUGGCAUCAAAGGCUUCUGUGUUUGGCAGGGUCACCAAGGCUCGUUUCGGCGUCUCAGAAGGCCCCAAGGCUGGCAAGACGAGUCCUGGAACUCUCUCAAAGAAAACAGCCAAUCCCGAAGUCGACAAUGGAGAGGCUUUCGGGGAUUCCAUCACAUCAUCAGCCUCGUCUGCCGCGGACAAAGCCGACUGUACGACACAGGUGUCUCUAGCACAACAGCUCGGGGCUUACACCGAUAGUAAGUUUGGUCUUGAUGUCGAAGAGGGGCUUGACCAGGCAGAGCUCAACGAGUCUUCAGUCCUUCAGCAGAGGCGACCAUCGUUGGAUUCUACUGGCAACAGGCGGCGCAGCGGCCGGGCGUGUAAGGCUUCAGCCAAGGCCACUGCUGCUGCUGCUGCCGUUACUGUCGGGUCCGAUUGAGUUACUGUGUUCUUGGGGUGCCCUCAUAGUUGGGCUGGUAAUGGUUUGCAAAGUAGGAGUAAGGGGAUCAUUUCAUCCACAUGGCUGUGUGUGUGCGUGUAUUCUAGCGUUAGCGUUUCGAUUUUUCAAUGGUUUUUGGUUGUUUCAUUACAGCAUAAUUUUUUUCAGGUGGUUCGUCAGAAGGAUGGGUUUUCAUGUCAGUGAAGUCGGACGGGCUAGUCUAGUGGUGCAUUCUGAGGUGAAGAAGUGAUGGAUGGUUAAUGUGACGCUGCGCUUUAGGCGGAUUAAAUUUGCUGCAUCAUCACGGACUGGAAUCACUAUGGGGGUUGGACUUAUUUACCACUUCUAGGAACGUCAUUUGAUAAUAACAAGACUCUGAUUUGGAA